CCUCCCUCCCGACUACACAUCCGCUGCAGUGUCCCACAGUAUCCACGAGGCUAGUCAUGGCGCUCGGACGCAGGAACUCGCUUCUCCUGUUUUUCUUCGCUUUCUUCUAAAUAUAAUAUACCUGAAUCUCUCGGACUCGGAUUUUUUGCUGUUUCAACUUAGCGACUCGAGAGCGAUGACCAGUUCCUUGCUGAGAUAUACGGAUCUGAAGAGAUAAACUUGUGUCCAACUGGGCGACCAAGAUUUCAGUAUCCCUUUUCCAGGGCGAAUUCCCUAGUUUGAGGAACUCGGGAAAGAAACUGUUCUGGAAGAAGAGGAGGAGUGAGAAGGGGCCCUUAUUUAAGUGAAUGCCAGAGACAUGAUCAUGACUGCGGCAUGGGAGUGACGUGACAUCAGCAUUGGACUUUCCCUCCAAACAACCUUAUAUCCGCACACCCACACCAUGUGCUUCUCUCUUCGGAGAGGCAAAACUGACUGAAUGAACGACUACGCUGAGAAAGAUUGUGCGAGUGUGAAAAUGGACGAGUCUGCGCUCCUGGACCUGUUGGAGUGUCCGGUGUGCUUGGAGCGGCUGGACGCUACGGCGAAGGUGUUGCCGUGCCAGCACACGUUUUGCCGGCGCUGCCUGCUUGGAAUUGUGGGGUCGCGUGGAGAACUGCGCUGCCCGGAAUGCCGCACGCUAGUGGAGAGUGGCGUGGAUGAGUUGCCUAGCAACAUCCUCCUGGUACGGCUACUGGACGGUAUUAAGCAGAGGCCGAGGAGGACGGGAAGCAUGCACGGCACGUGUACUAAUGGAUCUGCAGCGGCAGGGGUCCGAGCACAGGGUGCUGGAGGAGGCCAGAGGGAUCCAGGUCCCACAGGGGGACAGUCUCAGAGGGCCCAGGCCAAGAGCACUCCAGUUAGGGGAGUUCCUCAGCUACCUUGUGCCAAGGCUUUAUACAACUAUGAUGGCAAAGAACCCGGAGACCUCAAGUUCAGCAAGGGUGACAUCAUCAUCUUGCGCCGGCAGGUGGAUGAAAACUGGUACCAUGGAGAGAUGGGCGGAGUCCAUGGAUUCUUCCCCACCAACUUUGUCCAGGUCAUCAAACCUCUCCCACAGCCGCCUCCUCAAUGCAAGGCCCUGUAUGACUUUGAGCUGAAAGACAAGGAGGCUGACAAGGACUGCUUGCCGUUUUCAAAGGAUGAUAUUCUUACUGUGAUUCGUCGUGUGGAUGAGAACUGGGCGGAAGGCAUGCUGGGAGAUAAGAUUGGCAUCUUCCCCAUAUCGUAUGUAGAGUUUAACAGUGCAGCACGACAGCUUAUAGAACUGGACAAGCCAUCUGAAGGUGGAGGAGACUCCAGUGAAGGGCCAUCCUCCUCUUCCUCGGGUCCCCAGGCUAACGGCUCCCAGAAAGCCACUGGCGAGAAGAAGAACAGUAAGAAGCGGCACUCCUUCACCUCUCUGACUAUGUCCCAUAAGCCCUGCCUGGCCCCUCCACCUCAGAGACACUCUAUGGAGAUCAGCGGCCCGGUUCUGAUCAGCUCCUCCAACCCCACAGCAGCGGCCCGGAUCGGAGAGCUCAGCGGAGGCCUGUCCUCCAGCGCACCUUCACAGGUUCACAUUUGCACAGCAGGACUCAUUGUUACUCCUCCACCAAGCAGUCCUGUCACCACAGCGACAGUUUUCACAUUUCCUCCAGAAACCAGCUAUGCCUCUAUUCCAGUGGAUGCUCUUCCUCCUCCACCUCCUCCUCCACCUCAGUCACAGUCCUCAGCUGUGGGCGCUGCCGCCUUGAAUGCUGGUCAGAGGCCGUCGCCCGCUGCGGGUGACCAGAGUGGCCGUCAGAGACCCACAGUGUACGUAGCGAUGUUUCCCUACACGCCUCGUAAAGAAGAUGAGUUAGAAUUGAGGAAGGGGGAGAUGUUUCUGGUGCUUGAGCGCUGUCAGGACGGCUGGUUUAAAGGAACAUCCAUGCACACCGGCAAGAUCGGAGUGUUUCCUGGUAACUACAUGAGUCCUGUCAACAGGACUGUUUCUGGCAGCAGUCAGCCAAAAGUUCCCCUGACCCUGUGCUCCCAGGCGGGACGUGGCGUCACUAUCGUCAGCCCCUCCUCUGCUCCUCUUGGAGCUGCCCUGGGGAGUGUCGACCCCAGCAAAGCCCUUCCAGUCUGCCCAAAUUCUACCCCGCCUUGCUCACUGCCUGCUGCUGUAGUUUCAGCUGCACAUAUACCCACUGGACAGCACCCCAAAGUGCUCAUGCAUGUGACAUCACAGAUGACCGUUAACCAGGCACGCAGUGCGGUCAGGACAGCUGUGAGUCAUAGUCAGGACCGGCCUACAGCAGCAGUGACACCCAUCCAAUCCCACAAUCCUGGGUCCUACUUUCCUAGCACAGCUGUGGUUCUUCAGGCGUCACCUGUCCUUGGCUCCAGCCCGGGAUCCUCCUCAGCCAGAGUUGGUGUGGCUAUGAGCUGUGCUGCCGCCUCCUUGACCCCUCCUAAUGUUAGCGCUGCUUCUUUGGACAGUGAUGCCAUGAGAACUGUCUCUGUUGUAGCACUUCCUGUGAACCCUGGCAGCACAAAAUCUCUCGGUUCAGCCUCGAAUCACGGUGUUGCUUGUAGACUGGACAAAGACUGCAAGAGAGAAAAGAAAGGCCUGCUGAAACUGCUGUCUAAUAAAAAGAAGCUCCGCCCAUCUCCCCCUUCCUCGCCUACACUAGAGGCGGAGCAGUCUAUUGCCAUGGAAAUGCCCCAAGGGGCAGUCGGACAUGAAAUGGCUCCACCCAGCUCAGCAGCGGUGGCAGUAGGACACAACGGCCGUGCUGGGGUCUGUCCGAUGGAUUCUGAGCUCUCUGCAUCCUCAUCUUUAUCAAACACAGACACAGCGUCACACAGAAGCAGCUCCCAGGACAACGCUGCCCCAAUCGCCCCGCCUCCACGACAGCCAUGCUCCUCCCUCCUCUCCAUGCAGCAUGACGGCCGACCAAUCGUGUGUGAAAGGUACCGUGUGGUGGUGUCCUACCCUCCCCAAAGCGAAGCAGAGCUGGAACUCAAGGAGGGAGACAUUGUAUUUGUGCACAGAAAACGAGAGGACGGCUGGUUUAAAGGAACACUUCAGAGAAACGGCCGAACUGGGCUGUUUCCUGGCAGCUUUGUUGACAGUAUCUAACGCACAUGGUGUUUAAGAACAUAAUAUUUAGAUAUCAAAUUCUCCAUCACUGAAGAUACAGCACUGAACUUCAGCCUUAAUAGUUCAGAGUGAUGAGCAGCAGUGAUCGGUAGGACUGGGCUGCUUAUGACGAUCCUAGUCGUUCAGCAGUGGAUCAAAUACUUUUCCUGAAGCACAUGGAAGCAAGCAACAAAGUUUUAGCCUUUCUGACUAGGCACCCUAUUUCUAGCACAGUAGAUGAAGUCGUGAUAGGAUUCGUUAAUUUAUGCAUCUGUAACAUUUCAAAGACGAUUAAUGUGUGCCUUGUACUGUCUCACUUUACUGUAUAUAAGCAAAGCGAAGCUGAUCUGAGUCAUGACAAGAACAAUAUGAAUUUUCUUCAACAUUUAACUUAUUUUUGUUUCGUAGGAAUGGAGUUUUUUUAGGGACGGUUUGUUAUGUGAGCCGACUGGUCAAUGCCUGUAGAGCCUGAAUAAUGUCACUGAUGGUCAUUUGCUUGAAAUAAUAAUUAAAAAAAAAAAAUCAAUACCAAUUGAAGAGCCGAAUGAACUCGGAAAGGUUGGUUUGACCAUCCGUGUCUUUAGCUUGCAUGUAAUUGGCUCUUUGAGUCAAAGGAUGUGGAGUGAGGACACUGCAGGCCUGUAGUCUCUCGUUCUGAUUGGUUGUGGUGCGUGUAAAGGUUUGCUGUAGCUACACUGAGUGAUGGAAUGAAGGAUAGCAUAUUGUUAUUUUUAAAAGAACAAGAUUACACUCAGACAUUUUAAUCAAAUAUUACUAAUAUUCCUUUGCAAUAACAUUGUUUUCAGUAGUAGAAAAGCCAUUGAGCAGAACAGAAACAAUCACUCUUAGUAAAAGCACAGACACCCCGAUAUCUUCCAGUGAUAGUGCUAUUAUUCUUUUGUGAACACGUGUUUGUGUGUUUGUUCCCUCUCUGGUUUAGUUUCCUUCAGGCCCAUACGUGGACACACAGCUGACUCAAUGGUCAUCAUCUUUACUGAUUAUUACCGUUAUGGACAAUAGACUUUACAAACUGCUUGAAAAAGUCUCUAACCACAAAUUCACAAACCAUUGGUUUUUGCUUCUCUUUAAGUCGGGUUUAUGAUGUUGUCUGCUGUACUUUAGUAUUUUAUGUGAUAUUUCAUGUUUUGUAUACUUGAAAAUGGUGUUUGUGUAUUCUAUGCUUCAUACAGUAGGUGAAAUGUCAUUAUUAUUAUUAUUAUUAUUAUUAUUUUGAAAGCACAAAGUGGUCUUUGAUAGAUUUUUUUUUUUUAAAUUUGAUUUAUGCCCUGUUAAAACGUUGGUUGAUUUUGGAGAAUUUUUUCCUCCUUUGUUGUCUUGAUGCCUUUACAACUAACAAGAUGGCCUUUGUUUGUUGUAUUAGUGAAAUUUACCAAACCACCUGUUAAAGUUUUAUUCGAAUCACUUUUUUUGUUUUUGAUCACUGGUUUCCAUCUCCAGUUAUAAACCACCUGAUGUCUCGUCGCUGCAUUACUGAGUGGACACUAGAUUAAACCACCUACACAAGGAUCAUUUCACUGCUUGAAUCAAGCAUGUUCAGAGUUGAUUUCAGUCACUCUCCACAGUCAAGAUUUUACUCGUGCAAGAUUUCAGUCAAUGUUGAAUUAGUCUCAGCAGAACAAAAGCUGAUCACUUAACAUUUCAUUUAAACUCAUUGAAGUGUGUGUUAGAUGUGAGGGGUAUAAAAUAAAGUAAUGACUUUUAUAAAACUUUUGUGAGUUGUAUAUUGGUAUGUCGUGAUGGUUAGAAGCUGCAUACGAAAAAAGAAACAGUAGUAUAAGCACUUCAGACUUGAGAUGCUGUCCACUAUCGUUAUUGCUUAGCUUUACAGAUUCUCACAUUUGAAAACUAUAAUUUUCCACAUGAAACCACAGCUGCACUCACAUGCUUUCUUACAACACAUGAAUCUAUUUCCAUUCGGUCACGCACUUGCUCACGUAA